AUGGUUCAGUCACAAUCAUACCCGAGAAAUUUUUUCGGAUCUGAUGUUUUUCAUUCGAAAUUGAACUCAAGUGUUAAUAACUGCUCAUCCCGAUUUGAAUGUUUUCACUCGCCAUCUGUUGACAAUAAUCUGAUCGACGAUUCAAGCAAACUAGAAAGAGCUCAUUCUAAUGUUAACUUGAUCAAUAUUGGUUUUGUUACAGAUGGAAAAAAUGUAUUACAAAUAAACGGGGUACUAAAAACACUUUUUCUUCAUCGACAAUCAUUAGAUUUUCUAUCAAUCCACAUUGUCGCUCCAAAAUCGAAUUGGUCUCUCAUUGAUGGUGCAUUUAAAACGUGGUAUAGUAUGGAAAAUGGUCUGGGAAAUUCAUUCAAUCAUACUCUAUACGAUUCAAGCGAGUGUACAAGUACAGCAGAUGUUUUCCAGCCCUAUUUUGACGGUGUGUACCGUAUUGCAUUUUGUAAACUAGUUAUUCCCUAUCUGGUCAAUCCAUUUCACGUACCCUAUAUGCUAUUGCUUGAUUUCGAUAUAAUUGUGGUUAGCAAUCAUUUUACAACCGAUUGUUGGCUACAAGCCAUCAAGAAACUUGAGGAACAUCCGUACGCAAUUUUUUCUAUUGCUCAUCAAGGUAGCCCUAAAACAAAGCCGCGCCCUUUUCCAAUGCCAUAUUUGGAAGAAUACAGAGCUCACUUUCACUUCAACAAUGGUGUCAUUCUUUUUCACAUCGCCAGAAUUCACGAACUGGAUCAACUUGUAGAGCACAAUACUACAGUAUCAGUUGCGUAUCCUGCUGCAAGUGGACCAAGGCGAUGGCUACGCGAUUUUCAACAGGAUCCACCAUCUCUUCGUUCAACAAUACAAGUAACAACAGACAAAUUCGUGCUUUAUUUAGAUUAUGAUUCUAUUACUGAAACAACAUCUAUCAAUCAAGCUUUAUGCACUGUUAUCUCUUUAUAUGUUAUAUUUGAAUUACAAUUUGGUACACACAAUCGAAUUAUACAUUUAUUGCAUGGAAUAUUGUUACAAGAACCAGUAGCAUUAACGAAACAAUUGCGAUGGACAUUAAAAGAAUGGAAAUUCCAAAUUGGUAAAAAUGAACGUAAACAAAUAAGUCAAGUGAUGUUUGUGAGUCACAAUCGGGAACAUCGAUUAGCAUCCGAACACAAUUUACCACACUUAGAAGAAAAUAUACCUGAUGAUCUAUCUUAUGAAGAACCAGACGAAGAUUUACUUGAAAACAAAUCCGACUUUGAAGCAUUAGUUGAAGUAAAACAACAAUUGUCCGUAAAUCUAGUUUCCGAUGAUGUUCAAAAUCCAACAACGACAUAA